AUGAGGAGCCUAUAUAACAACCGUGAGGGUCGCCGCCGUCUUAUGGGAGCAGGCUAUGACAGUGAUGAGGGCUUCAUGAUGAACUCCGUCGAUGAUGAGUCUCUGAUCAACUUCAUACGAGCUGUCAUCGCCUGUGGAGAGGAACUGCCGGGAGACUUACUCGAAAAAGCCGCUCAGAGUGUCCCGAAUGAGGAACUUGCUGGUCUCCUGAGCAAUCCGUGGGAAGCCAGCCUUGCGAAGGUAUUCGUAGAAUUGGACAAGAACUGUACAGGCGAACUAAGCGAAGGAGAAUUUUGUGACAGCAUGAUGGAUCUCCUGGAUGGCGAGUAUGAAUUGGGAUGGUUGUAUCGACUGUUCCUAUGGUUGGACAGUGACCAUCGAGGGUAUAUGGACCUCCACAUGUGCCUCAAGUAG